GAAACUCGUCAUCAGUCCAGUUUGGACAUGAAAACGUUCUACUGGGAGAAAAACAUCCAAAUAAUGAAAAUGCAGAAAUAUACAGGAUUAUUCCUUUACAGAGGAAGAUAUCAGAACAUCACGUCACUGUGAUCAACAUGAUUGACUUACAUGAGACUGAACACGUGGAUCAUCUCAUCGAUCAACUAAUGCAUGAGAAUGAAAUUCACGUCUUCAUCUUUGUUGUGCGACUGGGUCAGUUAACAGAUGCUGAUAAGCUGGGUCUUGAAUGGCUUCAGAGAGUGUUUGGUGACAAAGUUCUUCAGUUUGUGAUGAUUCUCUUCACCUAUGAGAGAGAAGAAGAGCGUGACACUAUAAUUGAUGAUCUGAAGAAAAACCCUGUUCUGGAGCAGCUGCUGGAGAAAUGUGGAGGAAGAUAUGAGACCUGCAACAAGAUGAUGAACAACCAAUCAGAGAUGAGAGACCUGAUGAAGAAGAUUGAGCGUAUGUUUAAUGAGAAUAAUCAUCAACGCUAUACUGGGGAGAUGUUCAACACUGCAUUAAUAAAGAGAAAAGAGCUGGAAAACAGUGAACAUAAAAAAAUAGAACCUUCAAUCAAUGAAGAAACAAGGAAGUCAACCACAAAAACAGAGACCAGAGAGCCACAUGGGGUAAGAGGAGAUUAA